CAAGAUGUCGUCUGCUGCAGGAGCUCCGGCGUCUGCUGCAGGAGCUCCGGCGUCUGCUGCAGGAGCUCCGGCGUCUGCUGCAGGAGCUCCGGCGUCUGCUGCAGGAGCUCCAGCGUCUGCUGCAGGAGCUCCGGCGUCUGCUGCAGGAGCUCCAGCGUCUGCUGCAGGAGCUCCGGCGUCUGCUGCAGGAGUUGCGGCUACCGCAUAUCUUGAAGAAAUGAUUACCAUCUGCAAAAAUAUCGAAGCUAUUAUGACGCUAGCCACCAAGUACACAAUCAAAUUUCUGUAUAUGGAGUGCUGGGAUAAAGAUCCCAAUGAAACUUACAAGACCUACCUGGAAAAACUUCAAGGUCAGCCCUUUACGGAGAAGGCUUGGAAAAAAUUAUGCGGUUUCUUGCAUGGCAAGUUUGAGACCGAAAAGACCCCUGACGGAUUUGACAUGACGGCAUCAGACAAAUUGUUUAUUAUCGUCCGGAGUAUUAAAAAUGAUGGGAGGGACUCAAAUGCUGUGCUAAAUAAAGUAAAGGCCGUCAAGGAUAUCAGAAAUGAACUCUUCCAUGAAGAUGGGUUGCUGAAAGAUCCUACAAAGGUUCCUGAGAUCGAAGCUAAAUUGAUCGAGCUGAUUGAAGAAGGAUGCAGGUUUAAUGGCCUCUCUGCCAGUGAAACAGAUACGAUGAAAUAUGAGCUGUACCUUGAUAUGGAUAACUGUUAUACUCCUGAUAAAUGCAGGCUAAAUCACGUGAUCUAUCUUAUACUCAAUGAUGGGAAAAAACUGUCAAACAGUCGUUUUCAAAAAUAUCGUACUGAAAAUCUACUAUUCAAGGUUGGCCGCGUUACGAGGUCAGAUGUUUUUCACUCGCCUAAAGUGACACCAUAUGGACAAAAUACCGGCACUUUUCCUUACACUGAAAUAUUAGACAAGGACGAUAGAGUUGCAAUUGUUUCGGGCAUUGCAGGGGCUGGCAAAACAACUCUGCUCAAGAACAUAGCCUUACUCUUUUCUGGCUCGCAGGCAAACAUCCCUGAUUUUUUAAAGGGAUUUGAAGUCCUCAUCCACUACGAGUGCCAGGACAGAACUAAGGAGAAUUUGACUCAGGUCUUCAUGGAACAUUUUACUGGCUUGUUUCCUGAACCUGACAAUGAAACUCGAGUCAUGGAAGCUCUCCAGCAGCUCCAUGUGCUGUUUCUCAUCGAUGGAUUUGACGAGCGCAACAGAGAGUCAAUGAAUAUUCUGCGUGAACUCCUGGGAAAAAUCUGGCAUUUAAAAUCCCGCAUUCUGAUCACCACACGUCCUCAGUCUUCAGAAAAACUUCAAGAUUUUCUCAGAAGAAAAGACGCCACUUUCACCGAGUGCAAGAUCAUGCCUCUGUCUGACACUGAGCAAUUGGAGUUCAUCGAGAGAUAUGGUCGUUGUUUGCCUAUCGAAGCUGCAACCGCAGAGGCAAUGAGAGAUAAAUUUUCUGAACUUAACAGGGAAUUACAAACAAAAUUCACAGAGCCAAUUUUGUUGCUGUACUUCUGCUCGAUUUUUUUGUACACUCCUGAUAAGAUUGACAAAUGGAGAAGCUUCAAUGACGUGACGAGAGACAUAUUUGAGCUACUUAAGGCCCUUGUGAAAGAAAAGCUCAGCGAUAUCCAUGUCAGUGAGGAAGAAGUUCUAAUCGACGACCUGUUCAUGAUCAUUGGCCAGUGGGCUUUGAAGUUACUUGCCUGCAACAAAGUCACCUUCACUCAGGAUGAAUUCACGGACUUGCAACGUCUAUGCCGUGAGAAGAUUAAGUCACAUGAUGAUGCCUGUGAAGUUGAAGCUAGUGUAAUCCUUGACGUGGUGCUGAGAGUGGAGGAAUCGUCUAAAAGCAAGACUUAUAUGUUCCCUCAUAAGGCAAUCCAGGAAUUUGUGGCCGCAUUUUACGUAAAUAGACAAUUGAAAAACCCCGAAAAAACUCUUCUGGAUAUUUUGGGAGUUACCAACCUGAGGGACGGAGAUCACAACCCGCGCCCCUCAGGAGUGCCGGCAGAUAAACUUCAAGCAAGAGGACGUCAUUUGCAGGGAACACAAGAUCUCAGCCUCUUCCUGGAGGUGCUGCUGUACGUGGUGCAGAUCAUCAGCACCAGCGUCUUGCAGCGGCGGUGGCCGGAGCUGAAGGAGCUGCUGUUUGAAGCUGGUGUCACCGCCGCCGCUGUGAUGGACUGCGUCGCGCGCUGCUGUCCUGACCACGCGGGGACGGUGGCCGAGCUUGCCGCUAUGUUGGAGGACGUACCGUGGGAAGUCCAUUACGAUAACCACGUAGCGGCAGUGAUUGCGAUGCUUCACCACGUUAAGCCUCAACUUCUGUGGGUAAACAUGGAGGUCUUUGCUCAGAAGGAGGCCCAGUGGGUGGAGUUCUUGGAGGAAGCGGGAAGUGUGGAGCUUACGCUUUGGAACUCUCGUGACUCCGGCUACCUUUCUGACGACCUCCUCCAGUAUCUGCCCGAGAGCAGUGCGAGGCUGAGCGAGUUCUUCGGGUAUAUGGGGCAAAAUGGAGCGGCCGCCCUUGCCACGAUGGUUCGUCGCUCUCAACGCGAUAUCACUUUGUUUAUGGACAGAAUGCCAACGGUCACAACUAUGGGCCACUGUGAGUGUAGCCCAGCAAUCUCAGAGAAUGCUGGAGGUAUAGCUGCUUCUUUGCCUGAGGGAGUCGAGUUCUCGGGGCUGGUGCUAGUUUCGAGCGAGCUGAGCGAUGAGAUGCUGAGUGAUGAGAUGCUGAGUGAUGAAGAGCUGAGCGAUGAAGAGCUGAGCGAUGAAGAGCUGAGCGAUGAGAUGCUGAGUGAUGAGGACCUGCGAGAUCUCUUGCAGCGUCUGCAGGAUGAAGGAAUCAAGACGAGCGACUUGAGAGAAGCGCACGUAGCGCGCAGCACAAAAGUGUGGCGCGUAGUAACGGAUAGGAAGUGUGCUGUCCUAGACAUCGGUGACCGGAUGAGUCGCAGAGCGGUGCGUGUACUGAUGGUGCCGCGUGAUGCAGAAGUGACGGAGCGUGCGGCGUGAUGCGUGCACUUACAAGAACUAUGUUCUAUCUCAAGUUUUUGCUCGGACUUACUUUAUUGUAUUUGAUUUUUCAGCUACUAUUAAUGCAUUUUCAACACCGUCUGGCUGUGAUUUAGUUUUGUUUUGUUAUUAGUUAGUAUACUUUCCUUAUUAGUUUUGUUUUCUUAUUAUUAGUAUACUUUCCUUAUUAGUUUUUAUAUGUAUUUUUCUACUUUAAUAAAAUCUUCAUGACGGGA